GACCGUAUCAAAAGCUUUGUUAAAGUCAAGAUAUAUCACGUCCACUGCUUUCCCCAUAUCCACAGAGCCAGUUAUCUCGUCAUAGAAGGCAAUCAGGGCAUGACUUGCCCUUAGUGAAUCUAUCCCCCACCGCCCCCAAUUUAUCCAUCCCCGCCCAAGGAGUAUCAUGAACCCACCCACGUUGUUCCCCGGGGUUCUUUCAACCCAAAGCUCUUGGUAAUUUUUACUCAGUGCGAGGUGGUGUCAAGAAAUAAAUCAGGGGAGACACGGCCAUCCGACCGAUAGAUGGCUGGCACACACAGGACAACACUUAAACUUAAAGCUAAACUUUACUUAAUCUCAAUCACUCACACACGUCCGCAACAGGUUAGUAAAACACCCCCAACCCUUGAUAAUUACCAAAGCUGAGUGUCGCUCUCGAAUGGCACAACGGCAGGCUUCGUCAGCCAAAUCUUCCGUCCGCCAGUGGGGACCCCUGAGAUGCGUCCUGAGGGAGCGUCCCUGAAGAAAGCCUCCCGAACAGUCCAACUAACGCAAACUUCCUCCCCUUAUUUAUACAUUAGCACUAGGAUGACAUGUCACUUAAAGAAAACUUGCUAGGCAAGUGAUUUUUAAGAGUCAAUCAAGAGGUUUCCUUCUGAUCAUUAAUUUAACCAGAUGUGGGGGUUUUUAGAGGGCACAUGCCUUCAUGCCCUGAUAGACAGAUUCCUGUUUUUCUAAAAUACAAGUCUCAGCAAUUUCAACGUUCUUAGCAGGAAGGGCGGAGGGUGAAGCCGCCCUUUCCAUGGUACCCAAAACCCCCUCCCCUCCUGCCUUGGUUAAGCUAAGCCUGCUGACUUGGCUACUGUUAGCAAUAAGCCAUAGUGAUUCGGGCACUUUACUGGUUUGCCAAGAUCUCCCCGAACGACAUCUCCGGCGCCCACUAUGGGCCGGAGCAGGAAGUGCAGAACGAGGCGCCUGGCAGAGCUCGGAGAGGCGCCCGGAGGAACCUGCUGGAGCCCCAAAGAAGGAGAAUCCGCCCGGGCUGCCGGCUGCCAGGAGAGACGUCUGAGGACAAAGCGGAAGCCCCAUCUGGCAUCGGGGACCUGGUUCUGGCAGCUGAACUGAUGGAGAUGGCCGGAGUGUCCCCCUGCUAUGCCCAGCACCGGGGCGGGACCCAGCCGGCCGUGCAGCACGACCAUGGGGCCUACGGCGUCCCCCAGGAGCCGGCUGCGCUGGGCCGCAUGGUGCGGGAGCUGCAGGAGACGGUGCAUCGGCAGAACCAGCUGCUGCAGAGCUCGCAGGAGGCCCUGGCCGCCAGCCAGGAGCGCUGCCAGGAGCUGCAGGAGAGGUCGGAGAGCGAGUGCUGGGCGCUAGCGUCGGAGCUGGGCCAGCGGAUCACGGCGCUGGAGGCGGAGAACCGGAACCUGCGGUGCGAGCGGGACCAGCUGGAGAGCCAGACGCAGGGGCUGCGGGAGGAGCUGGAGCGGAGCCGCAGCACGGUGCUGCACAUCAGCCAGAAGCUGAAGGAGCAGGGGGGCCGGGCCGGGCCGGGCCGGUUCUGCCUGGCCAGCGUCCGGGACGACGGCAAGUGGCUGCGGUUCUACACCGGCUUCGGCAGCGCCCAGCGCCUGGCCGCGUUCCUGGCCUUCCUGACGGAGGGGGAGCCGCAGCGGGGGGCCGAGCCGGGCCCCCCCAGCGCCCUGAGCCCCGAGGACCAGCUCUUCCUGGUGCUGGUGCGGCUGCGGCUGGGGCUGCUCCUGCAGGAUCUGGCCUUUCGCUUCCACCUUUCCGAGGCCACCGUCUCCCGCUACUGGCUCGGCUGGACCCAGCUCAUGGAGACCCGGCUGGCCCAGGUGCCGGUGCGGUGCAGCCCGCGCUACGUGGAGCGGUUCGAGCCGCAGCGGGCGGCGCGGGUUGGGGGCGUCCCGCUGGUGGUGCUGGACUGCGCCCAGCUCUGCUUCGAGGGCCGGGGCCGGCAGCUCUACGCCCUGCAGGGCUGCGCCCUGGCCGCCCCCAGCGGCUUCCUGGCCUUCUGCUGCAGCGCCGCCUUGCGGGGCAGGGAAGGGGGCCGGGGCUGCCCCCCUUCCUGCGGGACGGCCCCGUGGCCCUCAGCGCCCAGCAGGGGGAGGCCAGCCGGCAGGUGCUCAGCCUGGCCAGCCUGGCCGACAAGGCCCUGCGCUUCCGCUUCCUGCGGGGGGUCCAGCCCCCCGCCAUGGAGGGCCAGGUGGGGCGGGCCUGGGCCAUCUGCUGCUACCUGGCCUGCCUGCUGCAUGAGCCCAUGGGGCUGGCCUAGGCAGGGGGGUCUGCCUCUGCCCCCAGGGGGAGGUGGGCCUUGGGGAUUCCCCGCCUCCCCCCAUGGCUGGCAGGUGUGGGGCUGGUACAGGGGCCCUGGAUUCCCCCCUGCCAGUGACUGGGGGGAAGGGAGAUCUGGGGGUCAUCCAAGGGGGCUCACUGGGGGUCCUGCUCUCAGCUGUAGCUGAUCUAUGUGGCAGCCUGGAUAGGGCAUUUGGCCCCGCAAUGCCCCCUCUUGGGGGGGUCCACACUGGGAGGGGGCUAUGGGUGGGGGAGGGGCCGAGCCCUCCCCCUGAUUCCCGCCCACGAAGGCAGGAGGAUGGGAUGGUAUCGGGGCGCUGGAGGCAGCUGGAUCCCUCUCAUUCCCCCUUCCACACAGGGGCGGGUAAAGCGAGGCACAGAAAGACCAUGCUCAGCCCAGGGUGGAGGCAGCGAUAGAACCCAGGAGUCCUGACUCCCAGGACCCCACCCCCCCUUUGCUCUAACCACUAGUCCAGACUCCCCUCCUAGAGUCAGGGAGAGAAAUGGUGUCAAGUGGUUAGAGCGCACUGGGGCUGGGAGCCAGGACUCCUGGGUUCUGUCCUCAGCUUUGCUGCUUCUGUUUCCCACUUUUUCUCCCCCUCCUGCCCAGCUGGUCCUGUCCCCGGGCUCCAGCCAUUUUGGGGUGCCUGGAGAGGGGAGGCAAUUCCCCACCUUUGCCAAACGGGGGGGGGGAGGGGGGGCUGCAGGGCCACUGGCCCCAACCCUGCUGCUCUCUGUCUGGGUGGGUUCGUGGAUUAUUUGUAACCUGUCCCUGCUUUUGGUUGGAAAUAAACCAUUUGUUCCUGGGAA